GUUAAGUAAUACCGGGAUAAAUAGGUGAUUUAUGUCUGCUCCGGGGGCCAUUCCGAGCAGCGUAACGUCCCCUUCCAGCAGGAAACUUAAAACCGGAGCCUCCAGCAAUUUUCGUCGGGGUCCUGUGGGCUGUUACCGAAUUGCCACCAUGAAACGGGGUCCUGUAACCUGUUAAUGAGUUGCAGUGAUGAAACGCGUCCGUCGGCGAGCAGCUGGACGGUGGAGCGGGCCCUCCGGCUUCAGAGGUGGCCGUGGCCGUGGCCACCCGGUGCUUGACUGCGGCUGUCCGAUGGGACCGUAGGGCGGCUGCGACUUCAGCAUCGGGAGGAAUCUCUGUUGAAAGCAUGGCGCUGUACUGUGCUGGGCUGAGUUGAAAUGGAUGGCGAGUUACACGGUAAUGGGCAGUAAUCUGGACUGGUUUUGAAGAGCAGCUUCUGGGUAUUGCUUGGAGUGCUUCUGAAAAGUAAUUUUUAGGAAGAGGCAAGCGCUCACGGUGGCUUGUUAGAAAACAAUUUUCAAGAAAACACAGGCGCGGGGGAGGAGGCAGCAGUCUGGUCUCUGAUGCGCUCUCCCGCUGCCCGUGUGCUGAUGGGGGACGCUGGGUGGGCACCAGAGCUUCUUUAGCUUUCUUUCCUUUGAUCCUGAUUCACAAAAGGUAAACCCUACUUUCAGAGAGACUUUACUUUUAGUAAGCUCUACUUUUGCACCGGCAAAGGUGCGCGGUGUCAGAUCUGCAGGGAAGGAGCCCAAAUCCGGAGGGUCGUUCCGAUACAGUGGCAUCGCAGAGAAGGGGCUGGCGGGGUGCAGUGAGUGACUGCCUCCGAUGCCUGGUGGUGUAGUUAGCAAGGCUUUAGUGAGCGCCGUGUUUUUCUUCGCUUGGUGAAAGCAACAAGUAAGUCGUUAGUGUAGCGUUACAGGCAUUUCGAUGAUAAGAGUCAUUAUAAGGGGAGUCAUAUGUUAAUUCGUAUGCCUUUGAAAAUGCAGCCCCGUGUGCAAGAAAGAUCUGGUCCUUCAAACACUACGACUCUGUCAGCGUAGCUCUUAGUGCUGUCUCGCUGACGCAAUAGUAUUUGUCAUACCAAUGGGAGCUGCUUGUGGUAAGCAGGAGGGACUGACAUAUUCCAUCUGUGUGUUAUGGAUGAAGUUCAUAUGCAGCAUGAUUCAAGGGCAGGCCAGUUAGGAUGCAAGUAUGGACAUAAUAGCCUAUGAUGAUUACUCCAGUCCACCGCUUCAGAGAUAUUGAAAGGAAACCUGAAUACCUCCAGCCAGAAAAGUGUGUUCCACCUCCUAGCCGCGCUUCCCUGGGAACAAUGUGGUUUAUUCGAGAUGGCUGUGGUAUUGCAUGUGCUGUCGUUACCUGGAUGCUGGUGUUCUAUGCCGACUUUGUAGUCCUUCUUGUCAUGCUAGUUCCAUCGAGAGAUUAUGUUUAUAGUGUCAUCAAUGGCACACUGUUCAACACCUUGGCUUUCCUCGCUUUGGCUUCACAUUUUCGUGCUAUGCUGACAGAUCCAGGUGCUGUACCCAAAGGUAAUGCCACAAAGGAGUUCAUCGAGAGUUUACAGCUAAAGCCAGGACAGGUGGUUUACAAGUGCCCAAAGUGUUGUAGCAUCAAACCUGACAGAGCACAUCACUGCAGUGUUUGCAAGAGGUGUAUUCGGAAAAUGGACCAUCACUGCCCGUGGGUCAAUAACUGUGUAGGAGAGAAUAACCAGAAGUACUUUGUACUGUUUACAAUGUAUAUAGCACUGAUUUCCUUGCAUGCUCUAAUCAUGGUGGGAUUUCACUUCUUGUAUUGCUUCGAAGAAGAUUGGACAAAAUGCAGUUCCUUCUCUCCACCAACUACAGUGAUUCUUCUCAUUCUCUUGUGUUUUGAAGCCCUCCUAUUUCUCAUCUUCACCUCGGUUAUGUUUGGGACCCAAGUACACUCUAUCUGCACUGAUGAAACGGGUAUUGAGCGUCUUAAAAAUCAGAAGCCGACCUGGGAGAAGACCAGUGGCUGGGAAGGAAUGAAGCUGGCGUUUGGUGGUGCUUUCUCCUUGGGGUGGUUCAAUCCCUUUUCGAACCUGAACUGCGAGAGCCCGGCGCCGGCCGAAGCGGCGGCAGCAGCUCCUGCGUCUGCAAUAAUGACCCAAGAAGAAAUCGAGCAAUUUCUCGCUCAAGACGUUGCUGUCCAAGUGUUACACGAAUAAGCAAAGCAUCCUCCAAGAUGUCAAGAGCAGCUUUCAGUUUGUUUGUUUGUUUGUUUUUAACAACUACUUGUGAUGGAGAUUUAAGGGGUUGUUUUUUAACAUACUUUCAGUGCGUUAAAAAAUUUGGGAGUAUUUAUCUGGAAGCCAGGUACAGCACUAGCAGAAGCAAUGCAAAUCUCCAGAGAAAGCUUUCUAAGUGAUGAGAUUCCUAAGCUCCUUUUCGGACCCGCGACAACUGCUUUAUUGAGCUUUUCUUACUUGGCCUUUAAGGAAAGUUUCUAAUUGUCGGCAGAUUAGUCCCAGCUCCCAGAAAUGAGCAGUCCUAAGGAGUCCGGUUAAUCUUUUGUUCUUACAGCCUUUUGGGGGGCUAAAAGAUGAGCCCUGCACCAUGGCCAGAUUAGCCCAGCUCUAAAGGUUUUCUUGAAAAAUGACGUGUCCUUUUUAGCUCAUCCCCUGGAUGCUGCCUCUGGAUUAUGAAAGCUGCUGAUGCUCGGGUCUUAGCAGAGGUGGGACGCCGGGCUAUGGAUGCAGCAGAUGGGCGAGCUCCAAGACAUCUCCAGGGGUAAAUUUUAACCUUCUGUGUUCAUGGGGCUGCCCAAGACUGGUGGUGCUCGGCUGGGCAGUGUUGGAGCCGGUGGCCCAGAGGUGGUG